AUGUCGAUAACCAAGUUUUGCUUUAGCAUUCUCUUCCUCUUGUUUAUUAAUGCUAAUUAUUCUUUUGCUGCUGCAAUAAAUGUAAAAAAUAAUGAAACCUCUCAAUAUUCAUUGGUUCACAUUGGAUUGGUUCUUGAUUUAGAUUCUCCCAUGGGAAGCAUGGUGGAUUUGUCCAUAAACAUGGCCCUCUCCGACUUCUACGUUGAACAUCCAAACUACCGAACACGAUUGCACUUACGCACGAAGGAUGCUGAGGGUUUGCUCAAUACAAAUAUUGCAGUUCUAGAGUUAAUGAAGCAAGGAGAAGUGCAUGGGGUUUUAGGACCACAGGGUCCAACAGAAGACAAAUUUGUUGCAGAACUUGGAGGAAAAGUUCAUGUCCCGGUUAUUUCUUUCACUGCAAGAAGCUCAACUCUUCCCUCUGCGCAAAACCGCUACUUUCUGAGGACAACUCCAGAUGAUUCAUAUCAAGCUCAAGCUCUUGCUGCUAUUUGUCAAGGAUAUGAAUGGCCUCAAGUAGUGAUCUUGUAUGAAAACACGGAUUAUGGCUAUCAAUUUCUUUCGCAUCUAAAUAAAGCAUUCCAAGAGGUUGAAAUUGGGAUAGCAUAUAUGGGUGCCUUCUCCAUAUCAUCAGAUGAUAAUCAAAUAUUGAAAGAAUUGAACAAGCUUAAAGAAAAACAAACGAGGGUGUUCCUGGUGCACAUGAACUCGUCACUUGGUUACCGGCUAUUUGUUCUUGCCAAAAAAGCUGGAAUGAUGACUGAAGGGUAUGCGUGGAUUAUCACCGACUAUUUAUCAAACUUCUUAAAUUCUAUGGAUUUCGUUGCUCGUGAUUCAAUGGAAGGUGUUUUGGGUAUAAGGCCCUAUGUAUCCUGGUCAGAAAAGCUUGACAGAUUCCAAGAAAGGUGGCAAAGGAAUAUGGUAGUGAAGAAAAGCGCAGGUUCAAUUAAGGAUUUCAAUGUCUAUGCUUUGUGGGUUUACGACACAGUGUGCUCCUUGGCAAUUGCAGCAGAGAAGAUUGGACCGGUAAACUCCAGCUUAUUGUAUGUGAACACCGGCAACAAUGUAAAAGACAAUACAAACUUGAAAAUCUCAGCAUAUGGACCAAAACUUCUGAGUGAAUUGUCAAACACAAAAUUCAGAGGCCUGAGUGGAGACUUUCUAUUGAUUAAUGGGCAAUUGAAACCUUCAGCCUUUGAGAUAUUUAAUGUGAUUGGAACUGGAGAGAAAACCGUGGGAUUUUGGACACCGGACAGAGGAAUAUCCAGAGAAUUAAGUUCAACUGGUAAACCUACAUACUCAACAUCCACAAAAAAUCUGAAAAACGUCAUGUGGCCUGGAGAUUCUGUCAUGCGACCGAAGGGUUGGGUUAUUCCUGCAACAGGGAAACUGAGAGUUGGGGUUCCAGUGAAACAUGGAUUCACAGAAUUUGUAAAUGUAACAAUAGAUCCUAUAACAAAUCAUACAAAUGCAACUGGUUUUUCAAUUGAUAUCUUCAUGGCUACACUGCAAUUGUUACCUUUCCCUAUUAAUUACGAAUUUAAUUAUUAUAAUGACAGUAACGAUAUUAACUGGAGUUAUGAUGGCAUGCUUCAUGGGUUACCUCAGAUGUUUGACAUGGUGGUGGGAGACACAACAAUUUGGGCACCACGAGCAGACUAUGUUGAUUUUACACUACCAUAUUCAGAACCAGGAGUAGUUCUAGUGGUAAAAAAUAAGAAGCCUUUUGACAUGUGGAUUUUUAUUAAGCCUUUGAGGUGGGAUCUUUGGCUGGCAAUCAUCUUGGCUUGCAUUUUGAUGGGAAUUGUUCUCCGAAUAUUAGAACACAGAGUAAGAAACGCCAACGAAGAAUCCAUUAGGCCACGCAAGGAGAGACUUAGAAUGAUCUACUGGUCUCCGAUAACAGUUCUUGCAUUUCCUGAAAGGAAUAUGGUGGCUAAUAGCUGGUCGAUAUUUGUAUUGGUGUUUUGGCUGUUCAUGGCUUUCAUCCUUAUGCAGAGCUACACAGCGAACUUAUCAGCGAUUUUGACAGUAGAUCAAUUAAAAUUUGCAUUUUCUGAGGAUUACUGUGUGGGAUAUCAGGAGGGUUCCUUCAUGAAAGAAUUUCUGAAAGAGCAACUUCACAUUAGCGAAUCAAGGCUCAAAAGCUACUCAUCAGUUGAAGAUUACCACGACGCUAUGUCUAAAGGAAGUAAAAGAGGAGGCAUAGAUGCCAUAUUUGAUGAGAUUCCUUACAUGAAGAUUUUCCUCGAGAAAUAUGAUUCUGAGUACAAAAUGGUCGGACCAACAUACAGGACGGAUGGAUUUGGUUUCGCAUUUCCUGUUCGCUCUCCCUUAACUUCAUAUUUUUCAAAAGCAAUCUUGGCCGUCACUCAAGGUUCAAACAUGACAUCUAUUGAACGAAGAAAUUUUGGACCUGGCUACUCGUCUCAAGAUCCACUUUCCUCAACAGUCUCGCAACAGACUUCCAGUCUAACUUUUUACGACUUCGGAGGUCUCUUCAUUAUUGUCGGAUCAGUUACUUUGUUUGCUCUAUUCUGCUCAGAGACAUCAGUUGGACGAAAGUUUUCUGCCCUGACUGCUCUGUACAGCCAAAUGUUCUUCGGUUUCAUCUCUUCAAAACUUCUUUCAAGAAAAGAUGAUCGGGAGGAAAGCCGUCAUGAAUCCAUCCAAGACGCAGGUGCCACUUCUAGUGAAAGCAGAGAUGCAAGCAUCUUUGAAGAGCCUCUGAGCGGAGGUGAGGAAGAAAUUUGUGAACCUGGCCAGCAUAAUGAGAGUGCUUCUGCAGAAGUAGAAUUAACAACAAUUAAUGAAGAGAGAAACUCUUAG